AUGACUACAACACCAGUUCCAAUUUUGGUUUCGAUUUUAAUGCAGAACCCGAUAGCUGGGGUUGCGAGUAUGCGGAUUCCUUACCUGACCGAAAUUGCUGAUACGGUCCCGGUGGAGCUUGGGGCUCGGGUUGAUGGCUCGAAUUCGGAGUCUGGUUUCGGUGUAUUUGAGGUAAAUUCUGGGUUUAUUGUUAACGGUGAAGACAAUUAUGAAAGCUUUGGGGUGAAUGAUUAUCGUAUCACUGAAAACAAAAGAGAAGAGUUUGAGUGGGAGGAGGUGAAUGAGAGAAACCAAUUUGACGAGAGAGUGAAUUUUGACUCCGUGAUUGAUCGAAUUGGGGGAGUCUUGGUUUCUUCAAAUGUUCCAUCCCCAGAAGGCGAGGAUUCAUUCUUAGAUGCAGUAGAAGGCGAAUUAGAAGAAGAAGAAGAGAGAGAUGUCGAGUGGGAAGUGCUCAUGACAGUGAAUAAUUUGGAUAGGGAUGUUGGUAUUGAGAACCAAGAAGAAUAUAACAAUGAGACUGAAUUUGCUCGUUUUGAUCUUCCAGAAUUGGUGGAGAAUGAGAAUGCUGUAAAGGUUGGUCUGCCUGCAUCGAAACCCGUGGUGGAGAAUUUGCCUACAAUGGUGUUGACAGUUGACAAAGUGCGGCAGAACAAUGAUUUUGUUGUUUGUGCAGUUUGUAAGGAGGAUGUUGCAGGUUGCUCUUAA